AUGCCCGCUGCUGAGAUUAUAUGCCUACCUGAGCUGGGAAAGACACUGGGAGUAAACGAGCAGCCACAGACAGUGGAGUUUGUCAUACAGCAGGACACGACGGUGAAGAUGUUGAGAGAAAAGUUGAAGGAAUAUGGCCUACAGACAACAGGAAAGAAAGCUGACCUGAUCGAGCGCCUGCACAAGUAUGCUGCCGAUGACACGAGCUGGAGACUGUUGUUCCAACCUGCAAGGAAGGGCACGAGAGGAAGUUACACAGGCAGACGAACUGCAAAACAGUCCGCACAGCGCAUCACAUCCCAGUUUUGGGAGCAUGAGCUGACCUUAGUGCAGCACAAGAGCAAACUGGGUGUUGGCUGUGUGGUGCAGAGUCUCACACCUGCUGACAUUGACAAUAACAAUGCUUGGCCGGAGAACACACUAACCAUUGAUGGGCCCACUCACAAGGCAGCUGAUGCCCUACAAGUGGUUGGCACACAGAGGCCUGCAGCACAAUCAGCAAAUAUGCUCCUGUCAGCUACAGAGCAGCCCACCUCAUUCACACCUCAGUUCUCGACCCACACCAAUCUGCCACCUGCAGGCACUAUGUAUCCCGCUCAUGAACUGACCACUGAGGACAGACAAAGCCUGAGCCUGCGCUUCAGGUGCUUGGAACGCACCAUUGCAGGCCUGGAGGACACCCUCAUCGAACAAACAGCCAUUCCAACGCAAUCCAUCCCACCCUCCAAUCUCGCUAUUCUCCAGCUGGAAGGCAGAGAGCUGGCAUUCGACAAGACCAUGGUCAUGCCACCACUGGCCGUGUGGUUUUCGACAGACAUCAGCGCUCUGUUCAGAGAGCGGCAUCAGUCAACAUACCUGGUGGUGAACGGGCAUGGAAUCCCCAUCAAGUUUUGGGGAGAUGUGUAUAAAAAGUGCACUGGACAGAACAGCAAGGCAUGGGCACUGCAAAAAGUGCAGUGGGGGCAAUGGAAGUUCAUCAUGGAGGAGCAUUUGCGUUUUGCAUCAGACGAUGCAUUCUGGAUGGCCUGGACUGAUGCCAAUGGUCAGCGCGUCGGAUACACGAAGCUCUGCGACACUCUGCAGCAUCAGCAGAUGGCUCGUGACACACGAGAUGCUGCCACUGCACGCUCGUUCUUUGGUGGCAACCUCGACCACCUGGAUGCACAAGGCAUGUUCAGGUAUGCAAAGUCUGGUGUGUCGAAGCUGAUGAGCAAGGAUGUUGACAUUGCCCGCAAGUGGAGGGAGUUGCUUACCAUCAACGGCGCACUCGCCCAGCGCUGGAAGGGUUCACCACUGGCAGAUACACUAAUGCCUGGACUGGUACUGUUGCAUACUGUUGCAACUUUUGAAUUGAAUCCUCCGCAUUCCUCGGCAGCAGCUUUCGCCUCGUCCUUGCACCCGCUUCCGCUCUCCUUCAUUCCACCUCCCUUCGUCACCCUCGCGCCAUGGGUCCUAGUGCCAGGGGUCCAACACUGCCACCGCUUGAUCGGGAAGCUGGGACCACAAACCAAACCGCAAAUCUCCCACGAGCGACCAUGA